GCUGCUCUUCUCUGUUCCUGAAGUAUCUUCUUCCACUGGAAACUGAUAAACCCAUUCAAUUAUCAUCAUCCUUUGGAACAAAGUUAGAACCACAAGUCAGGAUGAAGGCAUACUGGUACGACAACAAGCCGGGUGACCAGCGCGAACCCCACGACUCUGGCCGGCCUGUCUCCGAAGACUACCUCGCUUCUAUCGGAGUUUUCUACCGCUAUUGCCCUGAUAUCGAGUCUGUCAACGCUUUGGCCAAGAAGCGCGGAUAUAAGAACCGCGAUGAGGUGUGCGUUUCUCCACAGACCAUGGGCGACGUGUACGAGUCGAAGGUUAAGAUGUUCUUUGCUGAGCAUCUACACGAGGACGAGGAAAUCCGGUACAUCCGCGAUGGUGAGGGUUACUUUGAUGUUCGCGGUCAGGAGGAUGAAUGGGUCCGUAUCCAGCUCAGCAAGGAUGACCUAAUCAUCCUUCCUGCUGGUAUCUACCACCGAUUCACUACCGAUGAGAAGAACUAUGUCAAGGCUAUGCGCCUCUUCCAGGAAGAGCCUAAGUGGACACCUUUGAACCGUAGCGAAGAGGUUGAUACCAACCCCCAUCGGAAGACAUAUCUUGGAACUCUCAGCACAACUGCUGUGGCUGCAAACUAAAUGGUGUCUUGCUAGGUCAGGGCCAAAGCAUGGACAUUGGAAAGGCCCGGUGUGUUCUGUGAUCUACAUCUUUCCAGGUGAUUGGCAUGGCUACAUUUGACGAUUGAAUGUGUAUAUAUCAAAGCAAUGAGAUUCAUGACGAGCACUC